GUAAAACAGGGGAGCUAGCUCAGCCUCAGCUGACGUGACCGGAGUCAAAAGAAACGGAUUUUGGUUGGAGUCAGUUGUUAACUCAUAGUGUUUCCUCGUCAUCUUAGGCUUUCUUGUUUCCUUUUCUGGAGCCUCCUGGCUACUGGUCUCCAGCAAUUUCAUUAUUUCGAGGAGUCGAUCUGCAAGUUCUACUGACAAAAUAAUUAGAAAGUCAAUAGGGGCCUAAGCUUUCGAUCCUAGCAGAAUCUUCGUCGGAGGCAAAAUGACAAACAUAUAAAGUGGAACAACCAUAAUAUAGACCACAGACAAGCUACAGCAACACUAGAAACAAGGAGACAAAAAGGGCAUUAGUGAGUAGAGAAGACCAAUCAGAAGCAGAGUAGUAACACUCCCUCUAUCAUGGGGUAUUGCUCUGUCAGCGACUUCUACGCCGGCAAGACCCUGAUGAUCACCGGCGCCACUGGUUUCAUCGGCAAGGUGAUGUUGGAGAAACUCCUCCGGUGCUGCCCGGAUAUAUUGAAAAUCUUCCUCCUCGUAAGAACAAAAUCAGGCAUAAAGGCAUCCGCCCGUAUUGAGGAAAUCACUUCCGGAAUAUUGUUUGACAAAGUCCGGGAAGCGCAGCCAAACUUCCAGUCAAAGCUUAUCCCAAUUGAGAGCGACCUGAUGGACUCCGACCUAGGGUUAAAAGAAGAAGACAUUAGGACACUUCAGGAGGAGACAGAGCUUGUGUUUCACAUGGCAGCCACCGUUAGAUUUGAUGAAAAGCUAUCACUUGCCCUCCACAUGAAUGUACAAGGAACAAGAAAAAUUCUGGAACUGAGCAGAGGCAUGAAAAAAUUACUGGUGUUUCAACAUGUAUCAACAGCAUAUGCUUACUGCGACAGAACAAAGAUAGAGGAGGUUUUUUACCCUCCUCCUGUCGACCCAUACAAGAUCUUGGAUGCUGUAGGAUGGAUGUCAGAAGAUAUAAUCCAGGAAUUAACCCCCAUGCUACUGGGCAAGAGACCAAACACAUACACCUUCACGAAGGCUCUGGCAGAGUAUGUCGUUAAAGAGGAGGGUAAGGGGUUGCCAAUUUGCAUCACAAGACCGUCCAUCGUCGGAGCAUCAUGGAAAGAACCUUUCCCCGGAUGGAUCGAUAACUUCAACGGUCCAAGUGGACUCUUUAUUGCUGUGGGCAAAGGCUUGUUGAGAAUGAUGAUCGGCAAUGCGGAAGCCAUUGUGGAUUUUUCUCCUGUUGACUUCGUAGUGAAUGCCAUGAUAGGUGCAACGUGGCAUACAGGUGUCUAUAAACCUGCCACCAUACCAAUCUACAACUUGGUCACCAGUCCUACCAAUCCUCAAUUAAUAGGAGACCAGCCUAAACUCGUUUCAGAACUGUACAACAGAACACCCUUGGAAAAUGUCUUCAGACGGCCAAAAUGUAGUUUCACCAAAUUUUGGUAAGUAGGCCAGUGAUGUGUACAUCACAUUGCAACCAAACAUCCAUCUAAACAAACUUGUGUUGCACUAUCAAUUUCCUAUCUUUACUUUUUUUAUCCCCCCCCCCC